CCGCCGCCGCCCCGCCGCCCCCCCGCCAGCCCAUGCCCGGGGCCGCCGAGCUGGAGGAGAGGUUCGGCCGCGUCCUGAAUUCCAUGAACCUGCCCCCGGACAAGAUGAAACUGCUCAACCAGUACGACAACGAGAAGAAGUGGGAGCUGAUCUGUGACCAGGAGCGUUUCCAGGUGAAAAACCCCCCGUCCGCCUACAUCCAGAAGCUGAAGAGCUACGUGGACACAGGUGGCGUCAGCAGGAAGUUCAAGAGGCGAGUGCAGGAGUCCACGCAGGUGCUCAGGGAGCUGGAGAUUUCCUUGAGGACCAACUACAUCGGCUGGGUCCAGGAGUUCCUCAACGAGGAGAACAAGGGGCUGGACGUGCUGCUGCAGUACCUCGCCUUUGCCCAGUGCUCCGUCGCGUACGACAUGGAGAGCGCAGAGAACAGCAGCCCCGGCUCCGACAAGGGCAAGGAGCAGUCGCUGGAGGACCUGAACAAAAGCACCUCCUCGUCCCCCACGCAGGGCUCCUCCAAACCGCGGCCCCUCACUGUAAGCUGCUGCCUCUCGAACCAGCACAUCCACACCCUCCUCCGCCACGUCCACCCCAGCGCCCCCUGCGGUGCCCCGGGCAGCGAUGGGGACAGUGCCCCCCGGUCACCCGGCAGCUCCUGCCCGCCCCGGCUGAACCCCUCGCACAGCAGGAAGACGCUGCGCAACUCCCGCCUCGUCAGCCAGAAGGACGAUGUCCACGUCUGCAUCAUGUGCCUCCGCGCCAUCAUGAACUACCAGUCUGGCUUCAGCCUGGUGAUGAACCACCCAGCCUGUGUCAACGAGAUCACCCUGAGCCUCAACAACAAGAACGCCAGGACCAAGGCCCUGGUGCUGGAGCUCCUGGCCGCCGUCUGCCUGGUCCGAGGUGGCCACGACAUCAUCCUGGCUGCCUUUGACAACUUCAAGGAGGUGUGCGGGGAGAAGAACCGCUUCGAGAAGCUGAUGGAGUAUUUCCGAAACGAGGACACCAACAUCGACUUCAUGGUGGCCUGCAUGCAGUUCAUCAACAUCGUGGUGCACUCGGUGGAGAACAUGAACUUCCGCGUGUUCCUGCAGUACGAGUUCACCCACCUGGGGCUGGACCAGUACCUGGAGAGCCUGCGCCUCACCGAGAGCGACAAGCUGCAGGUGCAGAUCCAAGCCUACCUGGACAACGUCUUCGACGUGGGGGCCAUGCUGGAGGACUCGGAGACCAAGACGGCGGUGCUGGAGCACAUGGAGGAGCUGCAGGAGCUCGUCAGCCAGGUGGGCCGUGGGCGCGUGGGCAGGAGCCGCUGACGCAAAGCCCCGAGGGAGGGACGGGGACGGCGGG